AUGAAUCCAAAUUACUUUAAAACGGACGCUGCAAAGGCACAUAAACAAGUUUUAGCCGAGGAUUCAGAAAAAUUGACGCAACACAAGAUUCAAGACACAGCCAAGCGCUUUAACUUUUUGCUAGGACAUUCAGAACUGUUUUCACAUUUCAUCGACUUGAAGAAAUCCAACGACGAAGAAUUCAGAACCUUGGUCGAAGAUACCGAAAAAUAUACUAAAGCAAAUCCGAACGUCGUUGGAUCACUAAGACAUCGAAAAACCGAACAGGAAGAGGACGAGGAACUAUUGAAGGAUGAAGAAGGUGACUCUGGUAUUCCCACAGUUUUCAAUGAAUCUCCGAGCUUUAUUCAUAACGGAGUAAUGCGUGAUUAUCAACUCCAAGGAUUGAAUUGGAUGAUCUCUUUAUUCGAUAAUGGUAUCAAUGGUAUUUUGGCGGAUGAAAUGGGCCUUGGCAAGACGUUACAAACAAUUGCAUUUUUGGCAUAUCUCAAGUACUUUAGAAAUAUCAAAGGUCCGCAUUUAGUUGUUGCACCCAAAUCUACAUUACAUAAUUGGAAACAAGAAAUAAAUAAGUGGACUCCAGAUUUUCAAGUGAUUAUUUUCCAUGGGAAUAAGAAAGAAAGGGCCGACAUAGCUCAAAAUGUGCUUCUUCCGCAAGAUUUUGAAAUUUGCGUAACCUCUUAUGAAAUGUGUCUAAUGGAAAAAGCUUAUCUCAAGAAAUUCUCAUUCCAAUACAUCAUCAUUGACGAAGCUCAUCGUAUAAAGAACGAGAACUCGUUACUCUCGCAAAUAGUCAGAAUCUUUAACUCGCGUAAUCGGCUAUUGAUUACCGGGACACCAUUACAAAAUAAUCUACACGAGCUGUGGGCGUUAUUGAAUUUUUUGUUACCAGAUGUGUUUAAUUCGUCUGAGGACUUUGACUCGUGGUUUGAAGCACAAGGAGGAAAUCAAGAUUGGGUUAUUCAACAAUUGCAUAAGGUCUUACGGCCUUUUCUUCUUCGGAGAAUUAAGUCUGAUGUUGAAAAAUCGUUAUUACCCAAGAAAGAAAUAAACGUUUAUGUUGGUAUGUCAGCAAUGCAAAGAAAAUGGUAUCAAAAAAUACUCGAAAAAGAUAUUGCAGCAUUAAAUGGUGUUGUUGGUAAGGGAGAAAGCAAGACUCGACUACUCAAUAUUGUAAUGCAGUUGCGCAAGUGUUGUAAUCAUCCCUAUUUAUUUGAUGGAGCUGAGCCUGGACCUCCAUACACCACAGAUGAACAUCUUGUUGGUAACUCUGGAAAAAUGGUAGUGCUCGAUAAGCUAUUAAAUCGGGUGAAAACUCGAGGAUCUCGUGUUCUUUUAUUCAGUCAAAUGAGCCGCGUACUCGAUAUUCUUGAAGAUUAUUGUAUAUUCCGGGGAUUUGAAUAUUGUCGUAUUGAUGGACAGACAAAGCAAGAUGAUCGUAUAACCGCCAUCGACGAUUUUAAUAAUCCCGAAAGUAAUAAAUUCAUCUUUCUACUUACAACGCGUGCAGGUGGCCUCGGGAUCAAUCUUACAGCCGCUAACAUAGUAGUAUUAUACGACAGCGACUGGAAUCCACAAGUAGACUUACAAGCACAGGACCGAGCACAUCGUAUUGGUCAAACGAAACAAGUUUACGUUUUUCGUUUCGUGACUGAGAAUGCAAUUGAAGAAAAGGUACUUGAGAGAGCAGCACAGAAAUUACGACUCGACCAGCUUGUGAUACAACAAGGACGAUUGAGUCAAACACAGAAAGCUGCGACUAAAGAAGAGCUAUUGACCAUGAUUCAACACGGGGCCAAAAGCAUAUUUAAUUCGAGCGAUAGUACAGUGACGCAGGAUGAUAUUGAUCAGAUUCUCUUAAAGGGAGAAGAAAAAACCGCAGAGCUGAAUAGAAAAUAUGAGGGUCUUGGGUUAGAGGAUCUUCAGAAAUUUACUUCAGAAUCUGCGUAUGAAUGGCAAGGCGAAAAUUGGCGCAAUAAGCCAAAAGAAAUGGAAUCUUCUUCAAGUUUUAAUUGGAUCGAACCACCGAAACGAGAACGAAAAGCUAAUUAUACAGUUGAUAACUAUUUCAGAGAAGCAUUACGAGUAGGCCCUAAACCAACUGCUCCUAAAGCACCACGGGUUACUAAACAAAUUAGCAUACCGGAAUAUCAAUUUUAUCCACAAAAACUUGUUGAUUACUUGAAAAAGGAGAUGUAUUAUCAACAAAAAACUGCCGGUUAUGUAGUUCCGUUAAGAGAAACUCCAGAACGUGAGGAUGGACUUGAUGCAGAAGUUAUGGAAUCAGAAAGACGUCAACGAGAAAGAGAGAGACAGGAAGAACAGAACAAAAUCAAUUCUGGUGAGUUUCUUUUUAUUGGAGAUUGA